AUGGAAUCUCAUAUUUCAGACUUCCGUCUAUUUUGGCAAACGGAGACAAUACUGCAGGCUAUUUGUGAGUUUUUUCUCUCUUGGCAAGCAUCGAACCUUUCUAAAGGAUUAUCCGUAGGCUCUGCUGGUACAAUAACUUGUGUGCCCCCCCCCAAAAAAAAUCACGCAGAGCUUUCAAAUAAACCAACUGUAUGUCAGGUAUCUUUAAUACUAUCCUUUCUCAAAAAUUUCUACUUUGCUCUAUUCAACAAUACAAGUCCAAGCCAUUUCCAGAUACGACAACAACAAAUAAUAUGGAAUAAAUUUCUUUACUAUCGAAAAUAUCUCCGCGCUUCUCAAGGCAUGAUAAUUUCAUCUGAAUUACAUGCACCAAAUCCUAAUCUAAUGAAUCAAUUUAUAGAAUUUAUGAUAUCUUGUUUUCAACACUGGCCUUUGGAUUUAAGCUUUGAAGUAGUCUUUGAAACACGGCUAUCGAGUAUUCAACCUUGGAGGUAUGCACAAUCGCCUCAAUCUCAGGGUAGUACACGUCUUUCACCUGUAGCAAUUGAUAUACCUAUCAAUUCACAAAUCAAUAUCGAUAAUGACUGUUAUCCGGAAUGGUUAGUAUUUGUUGCCCGUCAUCGCAGCCUGUAUGUUACUGUAUUCUUAUUAUUCCCUACAACGAGCCAUUCGAACUGA